AAAAAAUUUUCUAUAAAUUGCAAAAUUAAUUCGUUAUUUGGAAUUCAAAGACACUUUAAGCAAUGACUGAAAUUUCACCCGCUCCACCUGUUCCACCAAAGAAAGGUGGUUGGGAAGACUUUGUUGCCGGCAAGUAGGUAUAAUGCUUUUAAAGAGAAUCCGUACUGCGUACGUUAGCUAUUUUUUUUAAUAAAAUGAAUUCAAUAAAUUGUUAUAGUUUUGCUGGAAUGGCACAAGUUUUUAUUGGGCAGCCUUUGGAUACGAUUAAGGUUCGACUUCAAGUAGAACCAAGAUUCAAAGGACCCAUGGAUUGUUUAAUACAAACCGUAAAAAAUGAAGGCUUUUUUGCCCUAUAUAAAGGAAUGGCUAGUCCGCUGGUCGGCAUAGGCGCUGUAAAUGCUUUAUUAUUCGCAGCAUAUUCGCGGUUAAAAGCUAUCCUAGCCACGUUUCCUAAUGAGCAAUUGGCUCUUUAUAAGAUAGCAAUCGCCGGUGCUGGCGCAGGAGCAAUCAACAGUGUGCUUUCAUCACCCGUCGAAUUGCUCAAAAUUAAAAUGCAGGCGCAGUAUGGAAGGUCUAAAGCGACAGCCGGAAAUAGCGGACUUAUUUAUAAGGGACCUAUUGACUGUUCAAAACAUUUGAUAAGAGAAUUUGGUAUUCGUAACGGGUUAUAUCGUGGAUUUUGGGCAACUAUUGCACGCGAAAUACCUGCGUAUGCUGGAUUUUAUUCUGGAUUUGAAUUUGCUAAAAGGAAAUUAACUUUAGAAGGAAAUAGUCCUGAUAGUUUACCUCCAAGUAAAUUGAUGCUUGCUGGCUCUUUUGGAGGGUUUUCCUAUUGGCUAUGCUGUUAUCCUUUCGACGUUGUUAAAUCUAAAGUCCAGAAUCAGAAAAACCCACCCAAAGGAAUUUUUUAUGUAUUCACAACCAUGAGUUCAAUAUAUAAAAAUGGGGGCGCGGCAGCAUUAACGCGAGGAAUUACUCCCACAAUUUUGAGAAGUUUACCAGCGGCAGGUUCGACGUUUACGAUAUAUGAACUAACAAUGAGAAUGCUCGAAAAAAUUUAAAUAUUUGGAGAAUCAUAUAAACAUUUAAAUAAUAUUUUGAUAAAAUCUAUAUAUUCUGAGUUAAUGAUAA